GACGCGCAGCUUAGUAUGGCCUCCUGGUGUUGCCGUACCCCCUUCUUCUGCCCUCCCCUGCCACCAUUUUAGUAGUUUUUAGCAGCCCGGGGCCUCAUCCCACAGUACGGCUCAGGAGAGGGGAGGAAACUACAACGCCCAUCGCGCAUUGCGUCAGCCCCACCUCCCCGGAAGAGAUGGGAAAUGUAGUUAUCUGCGUCUUCUACGUAUUCAGACACUACGCUUCCCAGCAGCCUUUGCGCUCGCCUCUCGUUUCUGCAGUCUCCGCCUCCAGUUUCUGGGGAGAUGGGACGUGUAGUUGACGUGAAGGCUUCAGCGGGAGAGGAACUACGUACGUGUCCCAGCAGCCCUGGCGCUAACGUUCUCUCAGGAGGUGCUUGUGACUUCUUCGGGGAACUCUGGGAAAGGGAGUUCGAGAACAACAUGCAGUAUUACCAAGGGCAGGACGAGAAGCAGGAACGGUAUGAUUUUCUCAGGAGAUUGGAAGAAGCAGUUAAAAGGAAAGGUAGAGAAGUUGUCCCUGGAGAUGUAGCUGGGAACUAGAGGAAACAUCGCCACAUUAUGUUUUGGUUCACAAAACAAUGACAUGAAAAGGCAGUUUCUUCUAGAACGGUUACUGGAUGCAGUUAAACAGUGUCAAAUACGAUUUGGAGGAAGAAAAGAAAUUGCUUCAGAUUCUGAUAGCAGAGUCACUUGCUUGUGUGCUCAGUUUGAAGCUGUGUUACAGCAUGGUCUGAGGAGGAGCCGAGGACUAGCAUUAACAGCUGCAGCAAUCAAGCAGGCAGCAGGUUUCUCUAGUAAAACUGAAACAGAGCCAGUGUUUUGGUACUAUGUGAAAGAAGUUCUGAAUAAACACGAACUGCAGCGCUUUUACUCUCUGAAGACAAUUACUACAGAUAUUGGCAGAGGCCGGGCUUGGUUGCGCUGUGCAUUGAAUGAACAUUCCCUAGAAAGAUAUGUUCAUAUGCUACUUGCAGACAAGAGUCGGCUUAGUGUCUUCUAUGAAGACUGGUCUUUUAUGAUGGAUGAAGAACGUUCUAGUAUGAUCCCUACAAUGGCAGCUGGUCUGAACUCCAUUCUCUUUGCAAUCAACAUUGAUAAUAGAGAUUUAAAUGGACAAAACAAAUGCACACCCACAGUGUCCGAUCUGUUAAAGGAAUCAACGCAAAAUGUAACCUCAUUAUUGAAAGAAUCCACUCAGGGCGUUAGCAGUCUUCUUAGAGAGAUAACUGCAUCCUCUGCUGUCUCCAUUCUAAUAAAACCUGAUCAAGACACUGACCCACUUCCUGUUCUCUCGAAGAAUGUAAAUGCCGAAUUGAAAUAUAAGAAAGAUCGAAAAAAGAAGAAGAGGGUGACAAAUAUAAUCUCAUUUGAUGAAGAAAAUGAUGAACAAAAUGUGGGGGAUGCCACAAAGACCUCUAUUACAGGACAAAAUUCAGAAGAGAAUUUAGAUAGAUCUUCAGUUUUUAUGUUGCCCUCAUCUGAAACUGCUCAUGGAAAAAAUUUGAAUGGAAAUGAAAGUAACCACUCGUGGAAAAGUAAUUCUGUGUUCAUGAAUGGAGAGUAUGAAUACCAGAAACUAGAUGUGAAGAGUAUUGAUGAUGAAGAUGCAGAUGAAGACGAACUAUGUGGAAAAACAUUAGGAAAUAAAGGCACAGAAGAUGAAACUGAAUUUUCUGAAAGGCCUCAUGAAAUAGUCACAUGCAAUUCUCAGAUAGGCAGUUGGACUCCUCUGCAAGUCCUGAAUUAUGACUCAGAUAUUCUGUUUCCUGUCAGUGCUGUUGACUCUUACUCCCAAACUGAUAAAUCAGAGUGUGGAGAGGGGCAUGAAAAUGUUCAUGCGGUAGAACUGUUUCCAAGAGGAUCUGAUCUUUCUUACAGAGUGGAAGUCAGUCCUCCAGCUCAAGUGAAUACGUUAAGCAAUAUGUUGCCUUCAGCCACUGUGCCGGAAUCCAUGACAAUUAAUGAACUUCGUCAAGCUAUUGUGGCCAUGAUGAAUAGAAAGGAUGAACUGGAAGAACAGAAUAGGUCCCUUAGAAAUCUACUUGAUGGUGAGAUGGAGCAUUCUGCAGCGCUGAGGCAGGAAAUGGACAAUUGGAGACGGAAAGUAGCAGAACAGGAAGAGAGACAUGCCACAAAAGUCCAAGCCUUGGCACGAGAAAAUGAAGUGCUAAAAGUGCAGCUUAAGAAGUAUGUAGGAGCUGUCCAGAUGCUCAGAAGAGAAGGUCAAACAGUGGAAGUUUUGCCAAACAUUUGGAGCACUGAUGGUGAACUUACUAUUCCAGAGCAAAAGCAAGUAGAAAACAAUGAGGAACUAGCCAGCUCUUAUGAAAGAAAAUUGAUUGAGGUGGCUGAAAUGCAUGGCGAAUUGAUUGAGUUUAAUGAGAGGCUGCACCGUGCUUUAAUGGCUAAAGAAGCUCUUGUGUCCCAGAUGAGACAAGAGCUAAUUGAUUUGAGAGGGCCGGUCCCUGGAGAUUUAAGUCAAACGUCUGAAGAUCAGAGUCUGUCAGACUUCGAAAUAUCAAAUCGAGCUCUUAUUAAUGUUUGGAUUCCCUCAGUCUUUCUGCGUGGAAAAGCUGCCAAUGCAUUCCAUGUUUAUCAAGUUUAUAUAAGAAUAAAGGAUGAUGAAUGGAAUGUUUAUCGAAGAUAUGCAGAGUUCAGAAGCUUGCAUCAUAAAUUACAGAAUAAAUACCAGCAAGUGAGGACUUUUAACUUCCCACCAAAAAAAGCUAUUGGAAAUAAGGAUGCGAAAUUUGUAGAAGAGCGCCGCAAACAGCUACAAAAUUACCUAAGGAAUGUAAUGAACAAAGUUAUUCAAAUUGUGCCAGAAUUCACAGCCAAUCCCAAAAAAGAGACUCUAAUUCAGCUGAUGCCCUUUUUUGUUGAUAUUCCACCUUCUGGAGAAGCAGUAAGCAAAAGCAGUUGCUUGAGAGCGACUACACGUUUCCCAAAACUGUCUCGUAGCCAUCAAAGAGAGCCACGAAGCCUGGAACCUCAAAGCGGUGAUCUUUGACCCUUUUUCUAAUUCUGAAUACUAGCACUAUGUACUUUAAGUUCCUCUGUGAAUCCUUCGUAGCUUGUAUUUAUAAUUUGAGCUCCUGAAGAGAAUACAGCUGCAUCAAGUUAAAUCCUGAAAAGACAGUCAUUACUAAGGGUCAUAUCCUGACUAAGUACUUUGGAAGUCAAUAAUCACUUUCUCAAAAAGAAUAUGAGGGCUCUUCACUAGGGCUCACCAAAGUUCUAAGCAUUUUCUUUGUUUUGUGAAGCUUCAUUGCACAUAUUCUCCUUUGUUUUGUUCAAACAAAUUCCUUGUUUCUGUUGUCUUCCUUUGCACAUGUUCAAUUUUCUGGUUCAGACGUGAGUAUUAUGUCAUGACAGUUUUCCUUAAAGGAACAGCUAUGAUUAUCACUACUUAGUAUGUCAGAAAAAAUGUGCUUAAAACAACCUCACUAAUUUAUAAUCUUUUGUAAAUAGGAAGACUGUUUUUUUGUAAAUUAUUAUUGUGAACCUAUGAUAAAGGUUUUUUAAAAACUUGAUGAUGUAGAUGAUAAGGGAAAAAUGGUACAGGUGGAAAAACAGCUUUUCUAUGUUACUAGUGAGGCAUUUUCAAUAGCUUUCACUUGUGGCAAGUAAUUCUUUCAAAUCAGAGAAUGUCAUAAUUUUGUAGUGAUAUUUCAGUCUUGAUGUAAGGCUGGUGCAAUAUUAUUAAUUUCUGCAAACCACCACAAAAUCAGCAUGGUACAAAAUAGUAUUUUCAGUCUUGGGUUAUAUUUUGUUUAUUAACUCGUCGCUGUUGCUACAGAACAGUCCCUCAUCAUUAACUGUGAGUUUGGAAUUAAUACUCUUCAUUUGUAAAACACUUCACAUGGUGAUAAUUAAGAAUUACCUGUAAUGAAAGUGCCUGUUACCAAUCAUCUGUCACUGAACAGUAAUCUGCAAUGGUAAUACUGUAAGAGUAACUUUAAAAAAAAAAAAAAAUUAUUACAAGUGAUGGAAUUUCUGACAUGGAUUAACUGGAACCUAGCUCAGUAUCCAUUAGUUGUUCUGCUGUAGGCAGUCAAUUGUAUGUUAGCUAUCUCCUUUUCUUCAUUAAGUAGUGUACAUCCAGAAUUUCUGUCAGUCGUAUUCUGGUUUUCCUUUGUGCAAGAACAUCUUUAUUCUCUGAAGUUGUUGGGUUUUUUAAUAAUAUUUAUUUAAAUUUGUGUAUCUUUUCAUUUUAGUAUCUGUUAGAUUUCAGCAUCUACUGAUGCGAGAAUAAAAUUUAAUGUUACCCUGCAGAAAAAAAAAAAUCAUGUUGAUGAUUAAUAACAGACUCUUUACCUCAAUGCUUUAUCAGACUUCUGGCAACCUAGAAUUUUUGCUCUGCAAACCUGUGACUGUUUUGCAUUCUUUAGUCAGUUAUGGUUCCAGUCAUUUUCAAUGGCACUUCUUGAGUAGGAAUUCAUUACAAAUAACGAGUAGUGUCUGUGGGCUGGAUCAAAAUACAAAAUCUGAAAGUGCAGCUUGGGACUACUCUUUUUUAAUUAAAAGAUGAAUUACUGUUGGUGUUUCGUGUAACUGAAAUAUGUACUGAAAAAGGAAGAAAAGUGAGUAGCAAGUCAGUUAAAACCUCUCCAAACUCUUCAGUUUGAUACACUGCUGGCAGGGUAAGGUUUGCCUUCAUUGGAAGGAAAAGCAGCUGUAAUGAUGGUCCCACUUUGAAACAAUUCUAAAUUGACUUUUCAGAAAACAGAGACUUGGUUAGUAGAAAUAUGAAACAUGUCCAUUAAUAAUGAAUUGCAAGUAUAUCUGAAAGAAACCAUGGUGUAGAAUCCUUUUUGAUGUAUCUGUUUGUCAUUUGAAGCUGUUUUUGUUUUCAGGAAAUAAUUCACAAAUUAAAGGACUUUUUAUUCAGAACAUUGCAAAUGGCAAGAAAUCUCAUUUUGCACAAUCCAAAUUUAAUUUUUUUCUAGUUGCUAAGGAAUAAUUUUUCUUGUCUCUACAUUUGGCUCUUAAAAUUAUUUCAUUCCUGAUUGUCCUAGUUCUUUUAAUUUUUAAUGUAUGAAUGUAUAUUACAAAAAAAUUCUAAACUUGUUUACUGUGUACAAUUUGUUCUUUAUUAACUUCACCUGAAUUAUAUCUGCUGCUAAGAUUACAGUCUCCAAACAGUGUUUGUGAUACAAGAUAGUGUAGUGGGUGCAUUACUAAUCCAUUUAAAUACUCUUCUGUGGCUUAUCUAAAAUCUCAGAAGAUAAUUUAAUUAAGCCUUUUGAAAAAAGUCAGAUUUCCACCUCACUUGGUUACUUCUGAAAGCUGAUACUUGCAUGACUGCAAAGAGAUACCUGGGAACAUGAAUGCCCAAAUUUUUAGCACCUCAGAAAAUUCUGAAAUGCUCUGUCUUUCAUAGAAUUAUACAUCUCUAUCAUAAGUCCCAAUUUUGUUUAUUCAUCAAAAUCAGGAUUGACUGUUGAUGAAGGAUGAGCAGCUAGCAUUAAGAAUUCCAAUAUAUUGUUCGUAUAAAAUAGCUGCAACUGUAGCAAAGAUUCUGUCAAUUGGGUGAUCGUACCAGUUUCUCUUGUGUCACCCAAUUCUGUGCAUGUAUCUGCCAUUUCUGUACCAUGUAGUUAUCGUUUUUUACAAGUCUCAUAUAUUUUCAUAUUAGCUGAGUGCUCUUAAAUCCUUAGAACUGGUCUGUGACUGCUGCACAGUGAGUUUAUGGGUUCAACCAGGUCUUUCUGGCUGCUCUGAACAUCUCUGCGAACACAUAAUACAGGACUCAGGCCAGUCUGAUCCCAGCAGUUGUUCCUGCAAGCCUUAGGCUACAGCAUGGUGUUCAGAAAUUUGCAGGAUCAUUUCCAUUUCAUUCCUAUUUUAUCUUUAGGCAUAUUAGGUUAGUUGGGCUGCUCACUUGCAACCUUAUGUGUCUAUUCAAAAUAAAUUGUGAAAAUAAAUGGCAUUGCUUUUUAAUUUUAAUGCUGCUCUCCUGUCACACACAAAAGGAACAAUUUUCUAAGAAAAACAGGGCAGACAAGACUUUAAUCUUUUGCGGAUGUGAUUGUCUAUCAGUAUUAAUCCCUUAAAUAUUGACUGUGUUUUUUUCGGAAUCUCAUUUUUUUAGAGAGUCUGUCGUUCAUUGUAGAGAAUGCAGUAUAUUGGCCUUGCUUUUUUCAUUAAAUCAAGUUUUUCAAUAAUAAAAAUAAAUUUCCAAGGUUGAAAUGAGGCAGGAUAUUGGCAUAGUUAUAAAGUAUUACAUUGAUACAUCCAUUAAGUCACAUACUCUUUGGAAGAUCAGUAAUCUCAAAGCCAGUUACUUUUUGUUGGAAUAUAUUGUUGAUGUGGUAGUUGAAAUCAAAUUAUACUAUCUUAUAGAAUCUACUUCAAGUCAUAAACCAUCAUGAGUGAAUUAAUACAAGUAGAGAAAGGGCAUAAUGAUAUUAAAGAUAAUUGGCUCAAAAUUGUGACCUAUUGCUAAGGUGUAUGUUUUUGUUACAAAAUGUUUUAUUUCAUAGAGCAAUGUCUAUAUUGGCAUCUAACGCCAAUGUCUAUGUUGGCAUGGUAGCUCUCAAAUUAACUAAUGAGAACCUACUAACAAAUGUUAGAGUUGAGGACUCAGAGCAGCAAGCUAAUAAUAAAUAAGACUCAGUGAGCCCCAAGUGAACUAAUGAUAUUGUUCAUCAGGACAUAUUAAUGAUUUCAGAAGAUGAUAUUUUGUUAAUAGAAUCAGUUAUUAAUACUUUCAGAUAUGGAUGUCUCUUUGCUUCAAAGCAAACAAGGAUCACAGUUCUGCUGUAAGUUUCAUGCCAUUUCAGAGGUUCAACCCACACUCCAGAACAUCCCCAAUGUCAAAAGAUUUUUCAUCCAAUGUCUUGUAAUUCUGAGGAGAGAGAAUCUAUACCUGUGGAUAGAAAUACAGUUAUCUGCUUAUAAUUCCCAAGAGAAAUCUGUGGAGCAGUUUCUUUUUUUUUUUUUUUUAAAAAAAAAAAUUUUAAACCAAACUAUACUCUAUAUCCCCUUGCAAAUUUUGUGUGCUCUUUCCACCUGGAACUCCUGUUAAUAUGAAAAUAAAUAUGUGUAACAUCAGAACGUAUUACUGUUUCCAAGGAGGAAAUUAAUACUUCUGUAUUGGAGCUUAUGUUACUUUUGGGAAAGUAGUUACUCAGCUCAAGAAAUAAAGGUUUUUUUCUCCUUUUCUGUGUGUUAGGAUAUUUCAGUCAACACAUUGUAUCACUACCUUGAAUAUUAAUUUGAUGAAUAUUUAGCCCUUUCAGUAUUUUAUUAGUAUUAUGUAUUGAAAGAAUCAUUUUAAUGUAUGAAAUUACAUAUAUGAAUUAUAUAAAUAUCAGUCAACUUGCUUUCUAUUUCACAUAUUGAAUGGAAGAUAAAAACUUGCUCCAACAUUGUACAUUUCAUUUAUUUCUUACAUAUCUCUUACUCUGUACUAACUGUACUUUUAUUGUCCAAUUCAGUUGUUCGUAAAAUCUCUUUUUAAAAAUUAGUAAGAGGAUACUUCUAAUUAAUGAUAAUGGCAUACUUUUUAUUUAAUAAUUGCAUGAAGAAAAAUACUAGAAAACACCACUGAAAUGCUUAGAGAUGAAUGAAUUUUACAAAUUGCUGCAAAUACCAGGACUUUAAAAUAUAUAUAUAUAUCUUUGUUCCAUUAAAGAAAUAUACUGCACUCCCAUGUAGGAGGAAUCAGUUUGCUUAACAAGAUUUUAAAGCUGAUGUCUGUUCUCAUUACAGAAGUUACUGUAGCAGUUGUUCUCUUGAGCAGAGUGUUAACAAUUUAGGACACUAAAAUUACAGAAAUGCAAAUUUGAUUGAACAUACAAUUCUGAAAGGCUGCAUUUUCUUUUUUCCUGGAACCUGAGAUAAAUAAAUAUCUUGUAUACCAGACCAAACCUGCUGGAAAGUGAAUAAGCUGGAUUUCCCUUUUGAUUUGGAGGAGAAAUCUUUGCGUUCCUGUUAAACUGUAAAAAGGAUUGUAUUAAUUCUAAAGCAUAUAUAUGUACAGCAUUCACUUGAGUAUUAAUACAAUGUAAUAUUAUUUUAACUUGUUAUGCUAAUGUUUACAUUAGAGAAUUUUUAAGAAAAUGUGUAUAUAUAAUUUUCUAAAUAUUUUGUUGUAUUUUUUUUAAUAUCCUGUGGUAAUUUGGUUGUAAUUUGGUUGAAAUAUACUACUUUAUCAAGAUGAAAAUAAAAAAAUAACGUCUUUCCACAUUUGAA